AAAAGGUUUAUUAGUUGCACUGUGAUCAGAAACGUCUGCUACCCCAAUCCUACAUUCGCUUAUUCUGUGAGAGUCUUCUUGUCUCAUUAUAAAGUAAUCUAUUCUUGAAUGAACCAAGUGAGGAGGGGAGUAGAAUGUGUAGUCUCGUAUAUUGGGAUUAAGUUUCCUCCACACAUCCACCAUGCCAAUUUCCUCCAAAGUUGUGUUGAUUAAAUUUGUGAAUUUUUUGUUGCUCCUGUUGUUACUUGUCGUAUCCCAUUUCAGAUUUAAGACCACAUUCCAGUCCCCUCCACACACACAAAUCCCUUCUGCUUCUGCUAUGGCCGUAUCAAGAAAUGUUUCUUGAUACGCUUCACUUUCAGGUGGAGUAUAAAUGUUUACAAACAUAAUAAGAUUAUUUUCCACUUUACCCUUCACAAUGGAGAAUCGGCCCUCUUUAUCUUUUAUUUCCUUCAAAUUAUCACAUUUUAUUUUUUUAGAAAUCAAUAUUGCUACACCCCUUCUAUGGUUUUGAGAAUAUGAACUAUAAAAGAUAUUAUAGCCAAAUUUAGUGAGUUUCUCAUGUUCCUUCGGUCCUAAGUGGGUUUCUUGCAACAUUAUGAUAUGCAUGUUGUCUUUUCUUAUCUUCUGCAUCACCCUUGCUCGUUUGAUUGGAUUACCUAAUCCAUUAACGUUCAAUGACAUUAUUUCAAGUUUGUAAGUCUGCGCCAAAGAAAAAAGAUUCAAAUUGGUUGCUUGUCUUGAAUAACACAUAACUCUCAACUUCAAAAAUGAACUUUAAAAUUAAAAAAAAAUGCAAAACGAUCUUUGAAUAGAACAAUAAACAAAAUGAAUAAACUCCCAAAAUGGGGCAAUCAAUAGUCUCUCAUUUUCACCUCUAGUAGGUGAGGGGGGAAGCCUCCCUGUUAUAAUAGAGGGCCCCUGCUUAGAACCAGUGAGUAACUCAAUGAGUUUUUCCACUAAUUCUACCUUAGGUGUUUUAACUCCAUCAAGUCAGGCUGGAUGGAGUAUAGAGAUAACGCAAAUCAGCAUUCUUCACUUAUAAAUUAUCACAAAGCUCGUUAGAUCAGACUAUGCUUAUUCUUUAUGACAUCCGUGUCUCUCCACUUAGUCCUCGCGUUUCAAGUAGCAGUCUUCCACUGGAAUUCCUGAAGACGUUCCGUGCUCGCUUAGCUACGUCCCUCUCUCCGCGUCGGUAAACGUGUUGCCAAGGAGACGUCUCCUCCAGGCUUCGAGGCAGCGGCGUGUUGCCAGUUGUUUCUUCUCCGGGAUGGUCAGCAGGUAGGAAUCCCCUCCGACGUAAAUCUUUUUCAACUUCCUCCGCGCUGUUGUACAUCGAUGGGCCGCUGCUCCAAUGAAUGCGCAUCCGGGUAUAUGGAGUCUGGAAGCGGAUUCCCUUCUCUCUCAAAACUGCUUUAACUCUCAUAUAAGCUUUGCGUUGCUGGAUCACGUCUGGCGUGUAGUCGUGGUCAAACAAGAGAGUGUUUUCCCCAUCUGAAUCUGUCUUUUCCAGGCGUUUCGGAGAAUGGCUUCUUUUACUCUAUACUGUAGAAAGCUCACGACUAUUGAUCUCGGGGGUGCGUUGGAGCUCGGUUUUGGCCCAAGUGAGCGAUGUGCACGUUGAAUUUGACCGUUGACUACCCCAUCAAUCAAUGUUUCGUUCACCAAUAACUUCACACGUACUUGAGUCGAUUCCUUUGAGCUCUGUUGUUGCUGGCUUGACCGUCAUCGUUUUGCUUCUUGUGCGCCUGCUCAUAUUUUGAGUUUUCUAAUGAAAUAAUAUGUUUAGUAGCUGAAUUCAAGGGGCUUUAGUAGCCUGACUUUAGGGAACAUCUUGUUCCGCCCCCCGGAAGUCCAAAAGCCAACCGCCAAUCUGAUCACUGCAAUUUAUUUAACCAUCAAUUUAGAGAAUAGCGCUAAAAAUAUGAGCUGUGAGCUCUACUGCUGAUUUCCUACAAUCAUCUAAGAAUUUGUUCUGACCAUAUUUGGUCUUCUAGGUUUUAACCCUAAGCGACCAAGCUAUUUUAGCGACUAAAAUGACCGACUGGGGUCAUUUAUGACCUCACUAUUUUUUACACAGGAAUAUGUCUACUUUAGUGCCUUUUUUAUGCUUUCUUACCUAUUCCACUCCACUGCAUUUUAAGAUGGAUAUUCUAAAAUAACCUUCUUUUAUUACUCAUGGAUUUUAAUCAUUUUUGACUCAGAGCUAAAGUAAAACCAUAUGAACAAUAUGAUGCAUUGUAAGAACACAAUAACAUUUAUUUAGACACGCUUUGUCUGCCACUUUUUAAAAAACUUUAUUCCUUUUGUUUCCUCAAUAGUAAAUCAAAAGUACAUAAAAACAAAAUCUACUCAAACAUCGUGUCUGUAUGUGUGCAAUGUAACAUGCAGAGAACUAUUUAGAUUAGGAAGACUCUUAACUAUUUGCUUAGUUAAAUCCAAGUGGCGACCUAUUUUUAUUGGUCAGGCAGUGUAUAAAGAAUCUGUACAUAUUAUCAUAUCAAGCAGUGGAAGAUCUGGAUAGACUUCAGGAAAUAAACAAGAUACAGCACGCACAGCUAGUUCCUAUAAUGACUGAGAUAAGAACUUAAAGGUAAAGGUAGGGGCCUCAAAGGGUAGAGGUAUACACAGCGAUGGAAAAGCACUAUAAUACAAGCAAAGGUUGCAUCCAAAAUAUCCCUUCAGUUAAAUUUCUACCAAAGUGUUAUUAUCUACAAGCUUUAAAAGUAAACCUACUACAUCUGAUAAAAAAAAAAUAUUGUUAUAUGGCAUUACUAGACUGCUUUAGUGACGCAUCACAGUUGGAGCAGUAGUAAAGCAUGGGAGCAGGCCAAACUACUUUUAACCGCUUCAUCUACGGUUGGAUUUGAAAAAAAAGUUCAGAUACACAAAUCUGACAUUGCUCGAGUCAUUUUAUUUGUUAAAUUUGACCUCUUUGCGUAUCAAGUACUUAUUAAAGUGAAGAAACUAGUGCAUUUUUGUGAGGGAAAAUCACCAGUCUAAUCUUAAACGUUUGAAUGUAAAUUUGCAUCUAAAGACCAACUUGUCAAUAGAACUGUUAAAUAGAUGGAAAAUGUACGAUAACAUAAAGCACCAUUAAAUGGAAAUAAAUCAUGCUUAAAUGCAGUACUUGGCAAAUUUACUUGUUUGCUUUGGUAAAUUAUGUAAGAAAGGGACACUUAGACAUUGACCCAUAUGAGCUAUUGCAAAGUCAUUAUCCCAGCUUAGUCUUAUCUAUAUAGGCUACUGGUGAUUACUAUAGGUUUAACUAGGAGUCCAUGUAAAGCAAAGACGAUGAUUAUGACAAUUAAAAAAACUCUGCAACUUGCUAAUUUCGGACAAGCCUUGAACCAUAAGCCCGGCUUUGAACCUUAUCAUCCCUCAAAGGUCACACUGACAGCUCCUUGGAGGUCUGGCCAAACCAGGCCUCAAAGAGUCGCACCGGUCUGGGCGGGGAUAGCGUGUAUAUUAAAUCGCAGAAUAUCCUUCACCCUUACGGUUUUACGACCUGUGAUGCAAUUUGAGUUCAGUGUGCCAAUUUCAGGUGAUGAUUAUAAAUAACUCCAGCGCCUCGACCGCAGACUGGUUCGGCUGUAGGAGCUGCAGGGGACAGAAGUAGAGAAAAACCAGGCAAGAAAGCAAAGCAGCUGCAAUGGGAGUCGAGAAAAUGGAAGUGGAGGAUACGGAUUCUACUCUGAUGGAGACCGGCAAGAAACCGCCAGCGCCCAAACCUCCCAACAAAUUUGAGAGACUCUACCAGCCGUGCUUGGCUGAAAUCGUGGGCACCAUGUUCUUCGUUUUCAUCGGCUGCGUGUCCGUCAUCGAGAACCUUCCGGCAACUGGACGCCUGCAGCCCGCUCUGGUGCACGGAUUGGCUGUGGCAAUAUUGGUGGCUGUUAUGGACAACAUCAGCGGCUCCCAUUUCAACCCUCCCUUCACUAUUGCCAUCUACCUGUGUGGAGGAAUGGAGCUGAUGAUGGUGGGGCCCUACCUGGUCAGCCAGCUGAUUGGAGGAGUGCUUGGAGCGGGAAUGGCAAAGCUGAUGACCCCUCCAGACCGCUACCGCAACGCCACAGGAGCAGCUUUUGACAUCCUCAAGUCAGACGAGCACCUGUACAGGGCCCUCUUUGGCGAGGUGGCCAUGACCUGCCUGGUGACCAUGGUGGUGCUGCUGGUGGCGGUCAACGGCAAGACCAAAACCCCGCUGGCUCCGUUCCUGGUGGGCUGUACCGUCAUCAUCAACGUCCUGGCAGGGGCUGACGUAUCAGGGACGUGUCUGAACCCUGCCAGAGCUUUCGGUCCUGCUCUGAUGACCAACUACUGGUCCUACCACUGGGUGUACUGGGUGGGGCCCAUCUGUGGAGGAGUGGUGGCCGCGGCUCUGCUCAGGGUCGUCCUCGGUGAUAAUAAGUUACGAGUCGUUAUGAAAUGAUAACAGCUUUGCUGAAUCAUAUAAAGUCAUGUGAUGUGUUUGAUGUUGUUGUUUUUCCUCUCUCUCUCCUGUCGGUUUAUGCAAUGGAUGGAUGCCCUUUUUCAGUGUAGAAAUAAAGACAAAAUGGAUAAAGGAUCGUUUUCAAAACGUUUUUAACUGUAAAUGUUGCUGUUAUUUUACUGAUUUGCCCUGUUUUGCUACUUUAUAGAAACACGAAUUCACAGAAAAGGGUGUUCAUUUACAUGCUAAUUGCAAUAAAUAAAUAAUAAUUUAAAAAGUA